CCGUCGUCCAGGCCUGAUGCUGAAUCUACAUGACAUGGAGGCUGCGAAAUUGUACCCCAAGCAGCGUACCGCUCGCCCGGAACACUCCCCGAAGUCCAACGUAGACCAGACCUACAGCUCGCCCGACCUGCCCGGUGACAGGAAUAAGUUCAGGAGCAAGUCACGAGUCGAGCCUUUCGGGAAAACUACCUUCGACGUACAAUCUGCUUCGGAGUCACAGUUGCUCAACCGAGAAAAUGAACCAACCCCUAAUUCUCCUCGGUUAGAACAUAUUCCGGGCAAAGGUGAUCAAAGCGUCAGUCCUGUCGCAUCCGACAUCAUGGACCGCAUCAGUCCAGUACAGGAGACCAGCAGGAAGUGCACCAGAAUGUGCAUUCAAACAGACCCUAGCGACACAGUGAGGGGGCCGUGCAAACCAGAGCGGGCCAAAUGCUGCAGCAGACAAACAGCGCCACGAAAAUCAGGAGCAUGUUCCCCCUUACUACUAGACGCGGACGAAGCUCUGUCGCGUCAGAUCAGAGACAUCCACAAUGAUGCCAGGAAGAGCGCUAGAAUCAUCAGGGACUCGAGGGCCAGACUCCUCGAAAUACAAAAGAAAUCUGCAAUAACGGUGGCGGACGUAAAAGAGCUGGGUGAGAGGAACGAGCUGCUGCUGCGAGAGAUGGAGCGGUUCGAUCGGAUGACCAGGAACAUUCAGAAGCUGAUGGACAAUGACGUCCAGCUGAGGAGGACCAAAAAUGAACCUCAGCGGUGCAUGGACUAUGUGCCCGGCAGUGUGUAUGAACCACCUAUGCAUCACGAGAUGAAGAUGAGUCACCCGACGGUCUUGCUGGCAGCGCCGCGCAUCAUGGCUGGCCCAGAUUUGAGCCACUGCGAAUCACAGACGCGCAGCAAAUCCGAGAUUGACCUGACUCGCAAGCUAAGCGAGAGCUACGACAUGCAGGAGAAACUCGCGGCAGAUAAUGCUGAUUUAGAAGUCAAGAGGUAUAUAUUGUACAAGGAACUUAUGACAAAAGACCAGAAUUUGGAGACCAGCAGAGCACAAGUGAAGAGGCUGCAAGGGGAACUGAAGCUUAUGAGUAGAGAGAACAGUUUGCUUCACGAGAAACUGGUUAAGAAUAAUCCAGAGGGAGAUGCUUCUACGCUAAAUAAGGAUACCAAAUGUCAACAAGAUUCUAGUGAAGAAAACGGAAAGUCUCUCGAUACUACUCAUGCAGACGAACUGCUGAACAAAUUAGAAGAGUACAAGAAUUCAUCGGAAGGAUUAGAAAAGCAGUUAGGUGGAUUGGAGCAGGAAGUGCAUCACAUAAAGAUGGAGAUGCAACAAGUGAAGACUGCGACGACCGCGUGUCGCGGCGCCGGCGGGAACCCCAACAGUUGCUUCGACCAACCUCCGGGGCCACCAGUGCCUCCGAUGGCAAGAGCUUGUGGUGUGUGUCCACCGUGUCCGGCGCCGUGCAAUCCUAACGCACCACCGACUCCAGCUGAGAGAGAAGUGGAGAAACUCAAAAUUCAACUGCGACAGACCGAAGAAAGCUUCAAAACAAAAGUGACCGAGUGCGCCUUGCUUCGAGCGGAACUGCUAAAAAAGAAAGAAGAGUUGGAGAAGGAGAGAUGUCAACAUCGGGAGGUCCAGAACAAGAUGAGAGAGUUGGAAAUGAAAUUCGAAGGAUUAGCGACCCAUACGAACAUGUUGUUGGGGACCAAGGAACAGGCCUUCGAACAGGAAGUGAACGUGCGCGCUCUGAAGCAAUGUUACAGAGAGGCCAGGGAGGAGAUCGACGAGCUCAGGACUCUGAUGAAGGAGCAGAAUGAUCAGUUGCAGGACUAUAGAGUCAAGUACAUGCAAGCCCAGCAACUCGUGGAGGAGCAGCGGCGUCAGAUGGACAUGAUGGAUAUGGACAACACCAGGAUCAGUGAGCAGAUCAAUCUGGAGAUACAAAAAGUCAAGUUGAAGUUCCAAGAGAAACUACAAGAGCUAGCGCCAAUACCGGACCUACUGAAAGCGACACAGAUGCGUCUGAAGGAUGCGCAGCAGGCACAGGCCCUCGCCGAGCACAACGCAGAGCAACUCGCCAGGGAACUUAACUGCGCCAGGGAGAAGGUUCACAUACUGUUACACAACAGUAUAAAGCCCCCGCCAGAGAAGUCCCAGGAGAAGAACUCUGAUGACAAACAGGUGGCCAUAAUGCAGCAGAGAUUGGCGCAGGUUACUGAGACCAACAUGACGCUUAAGGGCGAGAUCGAGAGGCUUAAAGCAAACGUGAUUCGUAUGGAGGAGUCAGUGCUAGCAAAUGAGAAGCGUCUGCAGGAGAAGAUGCACGAGUGUGCGCAGAUAGGAGGCGAGCUGGACCGCGCACGCGACGAGGCGGCGCGCGCAUUGCAGCGAGCUAACGAGCGCACGGAGACCAUCCGCAAAUGUAUGCAGACCACAAUAGCUGAAAUGGAACGACAGCUCGCUGCCAGCCGAGCUCAAGUAAAGACAGCUGAAAAAGAUCGCGAGGAAUUACAAUGUCGAAUGCAGUGCCAGAUCAGACGACUGAAUGACAACUUUGAGCAAGCGCAGCUUCGCAUACUGGGACUUCAAACACAAGUCCAAACCCUCAGGCGGACGGUGUCCAGCACCGGCGAGGGUGAAGGCGACGAGAAUCAGGAGUGCGCCUGUAAAAGCAUGUUUGAAUAAUUUUUGAAGAUACUGAGCAAUUACAAGCAUGAAUGAUUAUUUUGUAACCAACAAAAUCAGUCGACUGAAGCUCAGUCUAAAGUUUUUAGUCUUUGGUGGUAUGCGUAGCUAUUAUGUGUUCUGAUGGACAACGCCUUGCGAAGAGAUUAGUAAAACGAUUGGUGUGAGGUUCCUUUCAAUAUCUGCCCGCUAUGUUGUCAACGACUUUAUGUUAAUUUGUUUAUUUCGAACUUAAUGCUAUAUUUUAUGAAGUAGUCUUACCUAAUAAUGAAAGGCGCCUUUGGCUGACUGCCGGCAUGGCGCGGUUGUGCUGCAGCACCAAGCAGGCCGCUAGCGGCAUGCCGCGGCGUCACACGGUAUGUAGGGCGCGUCGCGAUAUCGUGAUGUCGAUAUAAAGUAACAUGAACUCUGAAGUCAUUGAAAUAAGGUUAAAAAUAAUAUAUAAAUUCCUUUGGCAUGGCAUGCAGUGCUAUGUCGAGCCGGUAGUAAGCACCAGCUCUUAGCAGUUGUGUUUGUAGUAAAUAAUAUUAUAAUCGUCUGCUGGUUCCCGCCUUUGUGUAUGGUUGAUUGUAGCUGCCUUCUGCAGGUAAUGAUGUGUUCGACCAGCGCGUGAGCUUUAUGAAACAUAUCAAUCCUUACUACCAAACGAAGGCCCACACCCAAAAAGGAAGACUAAAAA